GAUAUCAUUUCAGCUGACAAGCAAAAUGGCUACUUGGGUUCCUGCAAGUCAGUUGCUCCUCAUUGCACUGUUGAGCUGGAAUGUCCUUUCCUUUCCUGCUAAAAAAGGCUGGAGCCAACGUGAUCCUUAUGAAGUCAGUUGGUCUAACAUGGAAAGUCUUCCUGCCAACAGUUAUCGCUCAUCCCUAGGUGCUCUUGCACAGCCUUCCGUUGUGAGUUACCCUGCAGUGGAGGACAGAGUGUAUUAUAGUCCUGUAGCCUAUCCAGCAAGCUCCAGCCUUACUCCGGAAAAGUCCAGUGAGGCUUCAUGGAAUGCUCCUCCUCCUGUUUGGGAUCCUGUGGAAGAGUCCACGACCACAUCUAGAAAAUCUCCGCCCACACCUGACAUCGGCCUUCCCCCUCCACCUUUCUAUCAAGCAGGCACGCUUGACCACUAUGAAGCAAACUUUGACAACGGUAACAGGGAAACUGAAGACCUGAACUUUCCUGCACCACCUCUUCCAUAUCCUGGCUUCCAGGCUGGUGCAUUGAGUCAGUUCACAUCCAUCCUUGAGAAUGGAAAUGAAGAGCGGGAAACAGAAGAACAAGGCUUCAUGCCGCCGCCUCCCUAUGCCUCAGCGCCGCAGGGAGAUAAGGUGUUUGCUGUAUCUCCGACAAUCCCUGCGCAACCAGUUCCACAAGCGCUGAGACCAGUUAGACGGAGCCAGUUCUACCUCUUCUUGACUGGUCAGCUUCCUCCUGGCACGUACACUCACUUUAAGUCAGACUACGAGACCGGCAAAGACCACUCGGAUGAAGUCCAUUAUGAGAUCUAUAAAUUCCCCACUCAGGCUCAGCAGACCCAGGACUACAUCAAAGCUUAACCUGCACUGUGGGUUGUUCCAACAACUUGAAGCAGAUCAGGGUAAAGGCGACUCUAGUAGGCUCUGCAGUUUACUCAGAUGUGUAUGUAAUGUUUGCUUGUGUGGAUUUUGAAUAAAAGGCUA